AUGAUCACUUUAGCGUCUUUAUUGGCCGGCAUACCUUCUCCACCUUUGCGGUUUGCAAACGAACGAGGUCCCGAAGGAGGGGCACUGCGGUUCACACCCUCCAUUCCAUCAGACUCAGACCCAUCGUCAAAUCUGACUUGUUGUUUCUCGGUAGGUUCUGGCGCAACAGGUUGCUGUGCUGGUUCCGCUGGUUGUGCGCUGAAAUUUGGGUUCCUGAGCCUCUGGAUCUCGCCAAAAACACUCUGGAUAAACUCAAGCGUGAUUAUAUCGCCAAAAAGCGCGCUCAACUCCUCCAUAAUGUUCAUGGGGCUCUUGUCGUUGGAGAUCAACACUAGAAUAAACUCCGCAACAUACUCGGAAUCCUCCGUCACGUUCAUCUCCGCCAAUUUGGCGCUUAAUUCCUGCUUCAGAUGCUGGAACGUCUCUUCAGGAAGGACUCUGAUCUUGUAUAUUUUGUUGUUCAACCCAAGUCCCAGCUUCUCCUUGAUCUUCAGCUUGAAGCUGGGCUCUAUUGUGUUCGACAUUUCUGGAGACACUGCAACGUUGUUGACUGCAGUUUCUGAAGAUGCGGCACUAAAGCUGUUCACGACAGCUCCUGCACGGUCAUACGAGAUGUUUCUCACCGGCCCAAUGUACGGAACGCUGGGCGGAGGAGUGUCGUUUGUGCUGGAAUUACUCAGCGCAGCUUUUCUUGGGAUGUGGUACGAGCUUCGUCUGGACGACUUCUCUGUGCUUUCUAUAGUGCUCAAUGGCUGGUCCAGAGACCCCCAGAACCGGUUCCAGGCGGGUCCAUCUUCAAACGAGUUCAUUGAGUUGUUAUCAGUUUCGAGCAAAUUUUGA